CCAGACUUAUAGAGCCCCGCCCACCUCACACGGUGCCUGUUGUAGGGCAGGAAAGUAAAGGAGAUUGUAAACCGCCCUGAGAGUCAGAGUGAAGGGCGGGGUAUAAAUCCAAUUUCUUCUUUGGGAGGGAGGAGCUGCUGGAAACAGAGAAGCCUCUCCUUAGUCCCAAAAGCAGCCCAGCUGCUAGUCCCCAGGAAGGCAAAGGGAAGGGUCUCCACUCUCCGAGGCGUUGGGAAGCGUUUUCCUCUUCCUCCUCCCCUCCUUUUUCUAGCUGUUUCUUCUUCGGGCAGCUCUUUCUUCCCGAGUCUUUGACUGGGCGCUAGCAGAGAGACCUUGUUUCCAGGGCGGGAAACGCCCUCUUGCUGCUGGGAGAGCGGGAAAGAGAAACGGAAAGUAACUCAUUUCUCCUUCUGGAGGCGACCAUGGCAGCUGAGGAUCCCGUGCAGGAGCUCCGGGAGGAAGCCUCUUGCUCCAUCUGCCUGGACUUCUUCAGCGACCCGGUGACCAUCGCCGAGUGCGGCCACAAUUUCUGCCAAGCCUGCUUGACCCGCAGCUGGGGGGAGGCGGGGGCCCAGCCUUCCUGCCCCCAAUGCAGAGGAAGGGCUCAGAAGAGGAAGCUCCGGCCGAACCAGCUGCUGGCCAACUUUGUGGAGAUCAUUAAGAAACUCCGUUCUUCGAAAGAGACGGGGAGAGUCUGCGAGAAGCACCAGGAGCCCUUGGAGUAUUUCUGCAAGGAAGACGAAGCCCCCCUUUGCCUGAUCUGCGGGGUAUCCCAGGCGCACAAAGAUCACCAGGUACUUCCUCUGGAGGAGGCGAUCAAAGAAAACACGGCAGUGGUGGUAGCCAGAAAAGGGAGAGUUUGCCAGAAGCACCAGGAGCCCCUGAAGCUCUUCUGCAAGGACGAUGAAGCCCUCAUCUGUGUGGUCUGUGACCGAUCCAAGGAGCAUAGAGAUCACGAAACCCUUCCGCUUGAGGAGGCCUCCCAAGAGUACAAGGAUCAGUUCUGCAGCUGUCUGGAGAUUCUGAAGAAGAAGAGAGAGAGAAUUGCAGGAUAUAGAGAUUCUGCAGAGAAGGAAAGCCAGGACCUGCUUAAGCAAACCACAGAAGAGAAGCAAAAAACAUUAGCCAAGUUCAGGCAGCUGCAUGUGUUUCUGGAGGAACAAGAGAAGCACCUGCUGACCCAGAUGGAAGAGGUGGAGAAGGAGAUAGCAAGAAACAGGGACCAGCAACUUGCAAGACUCUCUGAGGAACUCUCCUCUCUUGAAAGCCUCAUGCAGGAGAUGGAGGAGAAGAGUCAGCAGCCAUCAACUGAUCUCCUGCAGGAUAUCCAAAGCACCAUGCAGAGGUAUGAAGAAAAGGAGAGGUCUGAGAAACCAGUGACUUUUCCUCUUGCAUUGAAGUGGAGGAUCUGGGACUUCCGUAACAUCAAUCACUUGCUGGAAAGGGUCCGGAAGCAGCUGCAAGACAAUCUGGAUUCUGGACUUCACCUGCAGAAAGCAGCAAAUGUGACUCUGGAUCCAGACACAGCCCAUCCCCAACUCAUCCUGUCUGAGGACUGGAAAAGUGUGAGAGAAGGAGAAAAGGCUCAAGUUCUGCCCAAGAAUUCUAAGAGAUUUGACCAUUUUUGUUGUGUUCUGGGCAAUGAGGGAUUCAGAGCUGGCCACCAUUUCUGGGAAGUCCUUGUGGGAAGUGUGGAAGAAUGGAUGGUGGGGGUGGCCAAGAAGUUUGUGAGGAGGAAGGGAACGUUGUCCUUUAGCCCUGAGGAAGGGUUCUGGCUGGUGGGGAGAUGGGGGGGCCAUUACAGAGCUUCCAUAAAAGGCUGCUAUUCUCCCCUGACCCUAAGCAGAGAGCUCAAGAGGAUCCGGGUGUGUCUGAACUACACUGGGGGACGAGUGGCCUUUUUUGAUGCUGAAAGAGCAGCCCUUCUCUAUGAGUUCUCUGGUGUCUCCUUCUCUGGAGAGACCCUCCUGCCCUUCUUUUGGGUGCAUUUGAAAGGCCACCUCCAACUUUGUUAAGACAGUCAUUUUGCACCAGGGCCAUUAAUAAAAAUACUACUUAAGAGUCCUGUUUUAUAGCUCUGCAAAGGUCUUCUCCAGAGUCCCAAUCAGCAAAGCUGAUGGAUAAAAUGGAGUCUGUUUUUCCCUCAGUUUCCUAGCAUUCCCUCUUACUUUUGUAGCUGAUUUCAGAUUGUGACAGUGCCCCAUUUCAUAUUAAAUAAAUGUUAAAUAAACUGGUCUGGACUAAAAAAAAGAGGUAUAAACAGACCAGCCGGCUUCUGCUAACUCCCAUAACCCUUAAUCUUGCCUUCACCCCAUUUUUUCUCACCCUCUCACCCCAAUCUCUGCCAGUUGUGGACAGGAAGAGGUGCCCCUCCCCGUUCAUUCAUUACUUCUAGAGGAAGAGCUAGAUAAGGUGUUUGGAAAUCAUUUGUCAGCUAUCUCUCACACUUUCAAGUUUCGUUCAGCCCAGCUGUGGGGCAGAUGUAGGAUGGGGGGAAGGAGCAGUGUUUAACGCUUCCCUCAUCCCUUUUUUGUGAUGUAGAAUUUCCUCCUUACCUCCACUGUACGUUGCAUGUGCAUGGGGGAAGACUGUUUUCAAUGUGUUGAGAUGCCUGUUCGUAUUAAAGGUUUAUCUUACCGUUA